AUGGAGUCACACUUGGACCACGUCCACAAAGCGUUGGUGAGAGAGCGAGGGAAAAACAAUACAAUGCGAGACUAUUCACGGAAUCCCGACGGGCUAUCAGCGAUUCUUACCCCAGAAGUGGUGCGCAACAUUGUCUCCGAGGCAGGCGUGCAAGCUCAUGAGAUUCCCAAAAUUGUGACGACGGUAUGCGAACAAAUGCUUCUUAUAUUUGCAAUUCUCAUAGAUAUACACAAACCACAAGCGAUCCACAUAUUUAUGGAGGAAGGCAUAGUCGACGCCAAGAUACCUUUGGAGCUCACUGCGAUUCCUUCGACAAGUAUUGAUCAAAGAGCCUUCUAUGAUGCGCAGUGGACGUUUACUCCGUAUAGAUUGAAGAGGGGUGUUCAUCGUCAUAUACGGAGUGAGUACCCCCUCCCCAUUGCGGAUGAGGAGCGGCUCCCACAAAUGGAUGGAAGUUUUGGAAUGAUCUCAAGAGUACGACUGAGUCCAGAGCUUGACGAGUUGUCUCCGUCACAUCAAAAGGGGGGUGUUUUGAUCCUCAAGCGUAUAGCGUCGGUGUCUGCGAAUGCAAACAAUACCGAAUACCAGUUCCGAAAAGAGAUCGACUGCCUCCAGAUCCUUCGGACGCUCAAGAAUCCGAACAUUGUGGAAUUACUGUGUUCAUUUACCUACAUGAACCAUUGUCACUUGAUCUUCCCUCAGCUUCCUAUGAAUCUUUCGGAGUUCUUAAAGCGGAAGGAGAGAUUUGGGGAUUUCGUCUACGACAUCACAUUCUAUAGAGCGCUCCAAGGUCUAUCGUCGGCGCUCGAUGCAGUCCAUAACCUGAAACUCAGUCUACGCGAUCACGAUACUGAACUCCAGCGAAUAGGCUACCAUCACGACCUGAGGCCUGCCAAUAUCCUCGUCAGUCAAGAUACCUUUCUGUUGGCUGAUUUUGGACUGGCAAGCAUCAAAGACAUUGAACAAGGCUCGAAGACCUAUUUCAAGGAGACCAAGGGAGAUUACUUUGCUCCGGAAUGCCAAGCAAUCGACUUCACCAACCAGGUUGUCAGUCGCCCAAUUGACAUAUGGGCUUUCGGAUGCAUGAUCAUUGACAUUGCUACCUAUAUCAAAUGUGGCCCCAGGGGAUUGCGGAAUGCAAUCGAGAGCAGAGGGAUCGAGGUCCUGCCUGGCUGGACUGAUUUUCGGUUCUAUCACGAUGGAGGCCUGCGACCCGCGGUGAGAGCCCACAUGGACGACCUGGUACGAGCGGACACUGAUGCGGGAGAGAUCGAAGGCUUACUAUACGUGGUAAAGCUGAUGUUGGAAAUCGAACCUACAGCGCGCAUUACAUCAGUGGAAGCAUUGUCCCACUUGUUGUACAUCACUACCAGAGCUUGUUUCUACAGGGCUACGAAAUCCGUGGAGGCGUACUUUACAUGCCUUGAAAUCGAGCCAUCUGGUGGACCAUCAAAACUGGAUAUGCGAUUUGCUUUCACGAAGCUGAGGGCCUGGGGGGACUUGCUAGGCUUCAGUAGUCAUACCGUACGCUGCAGUGACUUUGACGCUGUUGUUAGCGCGUUGGAUGCGAGUGAGUAUGCGAUGCAAACAGACCUUCUGUAUAUCGAGUCCCAGUUUUCCCUUGCUUGGAAUCAACGCACUUUGCCCAAAGCUGGCGGUGAACCUGACCCACAUUUUGAACUUGAGGUCAGUUUCGGCAAGGUAGUCCAUAAAUUGGUGCAAUAUCUCAACAAAAAGUUACAACGCCAGCUCGAAUCAGUGUGGGAACGUCAUUUGCUCGCCACGAGUAAUUUGGAGAGUACAUCACGCUACGGCGCUGCUUUAGGGGAGACUGAUCCUCGCAAUCAGAGACUGGAGGCAAUGGCGGAGAUGAAGAAGCUUCAGUCUGCCUUCUCCGAACUGACAUCCCUUGAGCCGAUCUACGAAAACCUUCUCGUCCCAGAACAGAACCUGAAAAGAGAACGGGACGUGGGUGGCCACAUUUUUGGUCGUCUGGUGGUCCCCGGCAAUGAGGACGAGGAAGUCUUGGUGGAGAGAUUCCCCUAUAGCGCGAGCUGGAAGAGCCAAUCACCUGAGGAGACGAUGGUUCGAAUCGGAUUUCUGGCCCACCUUCUUUCCAAAGAGCAACAACCCCUCAGCUUCCAAACCCUCCACUGCCGAGGCUUCACAAUGUCAGAUUCCGAAGCGGCGUUUAAAUUUCUUUUCGAACUUCCCAGAUCAGACGGCAAGCCGACUUGUAACCCAAAGACUCUGCACAAGCUACUCAGUAUGGGCCAAGCGGGAGAACACCAUGGCUGGAAACCCGAUCUUCAGCAGAGGAUCCGUCUUGCCCAAAGACUUGUAAGCACCGUGCAUGCUCUUCACACUGUAUCCUGGCUUCACAAAGAUAUCCGCUCGCUCAGCGUGAUGUUUUUUCCAUCCGCCAAUGAGAAGUUUGAAGACAUUGACCUCUCCGCAUUCUACCUCGUCAACUUCCGAACCAGCCGUCCAGAUGGCAUUAUAUGGACUACCGUAGGACCAGAUCCAAACGCCGACUCCCGGCAUCACCAUCCGGACUAUGUUAGCGAGGAUUCUAUUGCCUCGGUAUCAUACUUCUGGAAAUUGGCGCCUGGAAGCCGAUAA